CACAGCUAUACUUCUAAAGAAAGAAGAAAAAAAGAUGUGUGAUUUUUGCAGCACGCAUGAUGAAUGUACUCCACUGCAGACAAUGUCCUCCAUUCAAGAUAUCAAAGCAACAGACACUGCUGCAAGAGGGGAACAAAAUGUCAUAGAAACGGCUAAUGUUUCUUCCGCAAAUGGAGAGGAAAGUCAUUACACAAACCAGGUCCAGUUAGCAUCCAUGAGUCUGGACUUAGUGGAAAAAGAAAACAAUACAUCCUUGAAUGGUGAAGCAGCAGGGCAAGAAGAGUCACAGAACAAAAUGUUCCUAGAGAAUACAGAAAAUGGUGAUGAUAAACAAAUAGAACACAUGACUGUUGAGAACAUAAGUGGCAACGAGGAAGAGAUGCAUGACAUAAUUCAGACAACAGAAAGAGAAAUUCAAGAGACCUCAGAAAAUCAAAGAGAAGAGAUUACCACAUCCUCCAUAACAUGUGAUAUCACCAAUAAAUAUGUGAAUAGUCUUCUUCCCAAUGACUCAGAGAGUCCAAAGCAAAAAAAUAACAUAAUGGAAAAGGAGUAUCUUGAUGUGCUGAGUGAUGCUACAGGUCCCCAAGUGUCUUGUUACAUCACUGCACCAUCAUACAUUUUACAACAUCUAGAAUGCCGAAUAAUUAAUAGCAUGAGUUCUUUCAUAGUGAAUGAUAAUGAAGAGUUGGUUAGCAAUGUCAUCAAUGUGGAGUGCUCAGAUAUGGAAAAGAGAAUUCCAUUCCCAAUAUGCGUUGCAAUUCCAUUUACUGCACGUUACAGGGGAAAUUACAGAGACAUCAUGGUGAAAGUGUCUGACAUAAGCCUUCAGUCAAGUUACCUAACCCCAAGUUCACUGGAAGGAAUGAGAGGAAGUUACAAGGGAACUUGUGCUGAAGUGAAAGUUUACAAGUUGGGUAUCUUUUCUGUUGUGUCUUGUUUAAAGAAAGAAUCCUUCACAGUAACAAAGAAAGGCCUUACUCUUAAACCAAGCAUGGAUUCUCGAAUAUCUUUAAAUUACCCUCCAGGAGUUUUCAGCUCAUCAGUGCUUAUACAAUUAAAGGUCCAACCUGUUGACCCAUCUCUAGUGGCAUAUUUAAAAACACAGCAAGAUACUUCCUACUCGGUAUUAUCCACAAGCCCUCUGAUUCAUGUUCAGCAGCCAUCAACACAUCCUUUCCAGAAGCCAGUCACUGUAUUCCUACCUUGUUCUCCACACCCUGAUAAAAAAAUGUUGAGGUCUGAACUAGAUCACAAAAGAGCAGCUAGUGCCACAACAAAUAAGAACGUACCUUUAUACCUCAACCGGACAAAAAUUGCUUCCGUAAGAAAACCUGGGAACAAUGCCUGUGAAUCUUUGAAAUUACUGGGAUUCAGAAGCCGAGACGGCGGCUGGUUUGGGCUUGAUGAUGUUGUGGUGAGAACUGUGCAGAGUGGCUUGAUAUCAUUUGAAUUGUGUGAACAUUUAGAAAGGUUUAUUGUGCUUCAUCUGUCUUCCAUUGUGGACAACAGCCAUUUGAUUUCUUUUGUGAAAUCUUUGGAGGAAGCCGUGCUCAGCACCACUGCCUGCGUUGUCCUGCACCACCAUAAAGAUGAUCCACAUAGAGUCGUCAUUUUAGCGGUGCCUUCUAAAGAUUUAACCCAGGUGCUCAGGAACUCAUGCUCAGAAGCUUUCAAUGGCCCUACAGAGCUCUCUCGUCAUUUCCAAGUAAAAGAAGGAGAACAACUUUUUUUAAGGUUUACUGGAAACAUAUUUGCUUCAAGCAAUGGGAAGGAUUAUGGAAAAGACUACAAGCUUAUUUUUCACUUACAAAGAAAACCCAGGCUGGAACUCCAAAUCAAAGAGGUGGAUGAAUUUGGAAACUAUAGCUGCUCUCAUUAUAAGGGCACCAUUGUAGUUUAUAAAGAACCUAAGGAAAAGAUAGUCCGCAACUUGGAUCAAUCUCUUAUACUUAAUGAAAACCAUUAUCAGUUUCCAGUUUGCAAAUUACCAUUGAGAUUGCCAAAGCAUGAAAAAUUAAUCAACCGUCCACAGAGUACCAAAAGAAUUUCUACAGAUCCUCUAGAAACCCUGUGGGAAAACUUGCUCUACUGGCUGGCAGAUGAGCUUUCGGAAGAAAACGCCACGGCUCUCUCCUCAUCCCUCCCCCUUCGCCGCAGCACCAUUCAGCUCAUCAGACUGAAGAACCCGGAUGACCUCACAGAACAGAUCCACGAAUUUCUUGGCUUCUGGAAAAAAUCUCUCCCGAAUUCUACUGAUAAACUUCGCCUGCUGGCUCGUCAUCUCCGCAAGAUCGGCAGGAGUGAUCUUUCCGAAGAGCUCAGAUUCAAGUGGGAAAACAGAGUGUUUACCGAACCACAGCCGUGGUUCGAUCCGGGGGAGUAA